AUGUCAUUCUUCCGCUAUUCCACUCCGCGCGUCGACAGCGACGCCAACUACUGGGAGAGGCCGUACGCCCUAGUUGACGCGAGCUGGGCCACAAGUUGGUCGUUCCGCGUCGAAGCCAGGAUACAACACGGGCGUUGUCGCGCUAUACACGGGGAGAUACACGAAACGGACCUGCUGUUAUGGACGCCAAAUGCUACGACCAUCCCGUACUUCGCGGGGCGCUACCAAGGCGCGCCAGCCCCCGAGGAAGGAGGAAAUCCAGCUUCCUGUGCAGCCGAUCGUGCGCGCCGACAAUUCGACGGCCACCUGGGUCCUGACGACGGGUACGAGUACCCCCAGUACUACGACUCGGCGCGACCCUGGAUGUGCUUUGUCCACCGCGUGAUGCGGGAGUUGACAGAGACGACGGCCUCGUACACCUUCUUCCACCCGUACUACGCGCAGAUGGAUCAGGAUGAAGUCAAGAAGCAGCGUCUACCGGAGAGCCUCAUCAAAAGGUUCAAGCAGGAGGAGGAGCAGCUGGAGCGCCAGGAGAAGGAGGCAGUGGUAGCCCUGGACACCUUUUGCUCCUUCCUGCGAUACGCCGUCGAGCCUCCACCGCGUUGCUACUCGGCCUGUUGA